AUGCCCGCCACGCUCGCGGCACUCCGCCGCGGCAGCGCCUCGUCGCAGCCCAGCAGCCAGGCGCCGCCGCAGCCUGUGCAGCAGGUGCCGCAGCCCGCACCGCAGCAGCCACAGCCGCACCGCUCGCCCUCGCACCGCCGCGGCGCCUCGAGUGCCGGCUCGGCGCCCGAAAGCGAGGCCGACGACGAGUUCGGCUCGGGCGACGACGGCGACGACGGCGACGAGGCGGCGCUCGACGACGAGGGCACGGCGGGCGAGCAGCUGCGCAACGAGACGACCGUCAAGAGCGGCUACCUGUACAAGCGCGGCGAGAAGCGCAAGAACUGGAAGAAGCGCUGGUUCGUGCUGCGCUCGUCGAAGCUGUGCUACUACAAGAACGAAAAGGAGUACCAGCUGCUGCGCUUCAUCGACAUGGGCGACGUGCACACGGUGGCGUCCAUCGAGCUGAAGCGCGUCGAGCAUGCGUUCGGCAUCGUCACGUCGUCGCGGCAGUACUACGUGCGCGCCUCUUCGAAGGCCGACAAGGAGAGCUGGCUGGCGGCGCUGCUCGACGUCAAGGAGCAGGUGCGCCAGCGCAGCACCAUCACCAGCUCGCACGAGCGCGACGACGGCGACCUGCCGACGCCAGGCGAAGGCGCAAACACACCGACGCCGCAGACCAUCUCCGUCACUAUCCCCGGCGCGGGCCGCUAUGAUGCGCCAGCCCGUCCUCGCGCUAUUCCCGGCUCGUUGGCGUCGCCCGGCGGCAGCAGCCAGCAGGCCGGCGCCUCGCGCGACGGCCUCGCCUUUUCGCCACUCACCGCCACGUCGCUCUCCGCCAGUGCGUCCGAGGGCGAGCACGGCGGCCAGGGACUGCGUGCGGCGGCGGGCGCGAGCGCCGAGCAGUUUGGUCUCAGCUAUGCCAGUCAGUCAUCUGCCGGGCAGAGCUUCGGCAGCAGCCCGCCGGCGCUGCGCAAUGGCGCUGCGGCAACGGCAGCGGCCCCGAGUGCGGCCCGCUCGCCGUCGCCGCAUCUCUCCAGCGGCGAGGUGUCGCAGAGCGAGGGCGCGGCACGGCGGCGCUCCGUGCGUCAGGGCUCGUCGAGCGACAGGCCGCCGCAUGCGCCGCGCGACACGUCCGUCGGCUCGUCGGGCGGCGAGGGCCGCACGACUGGCUGGAGCCUCAAGCCGGACAGCGCACCAGGCAGCGGCGCAUCCGCGACGGCUGCCGCAGCUGCUGCCGCUGCUGCCGCCGCGGGUGCGAUGAGCUCGUCGGAUGAGGAGGAAGAGGACUGGGAUGAGGACGAAGUCGCGGACCUGGCCAUGCCGCUACCCGGCCAGCCUGUCGCCGCUCCUGCUCAGCCUCAAAGCGCCCAAGGAACGCCGUCUGCCUCGCGCACCGCACCCUCGGCGCCGCAGACACCGCAGCGCGCCACGGAUCCGAACAAAGUCAUCCACCAGGGCUACCUCAUGAAGCAGAGCUCGCGGCGCAAGACGUGGCGCAAGCGCUGGUUCGUCCUCACCGGCUCGACGCUGAUGUACACGCGCAGCCACAUGGACGCAAAGGCGAACCGCGCCAUUCCGCUCUCGUCCAUCCUCGAUGCGCUCGAGUACACGUCGAAGAAGACUGGCCAGCCCGUCGGCGGACUCAGUGCGCCGGGCGGCGGUCCGCAGAGUCCCGUUCUGCAGAGCCCGUCGCACGCCGGCGCGCCCUUUUCGUUCAGCCUGCCGUCUGCCGAGGGCGCCAAUGCGUCAGCCGGCUCCGAUGCGGCGGCACCUGCUGCUGCUGCUGGACAGUCGGCCGAGGCGACACCCACAGCAGCGCCCGGAGCUGAGCGGGGCGCCUCUGCUCCGCUGCUGUCGCCCGGCGCAUCGACGUCUGGCACUCCCGCAGCCGCCACGCCGUCUGCGAGCGCAGUGUCUGGCGUCACGAGCGGCCUGUCCAACAUCGGGCUCGGCAUGGGCGGCGUCAGCGUUCCCGGCGUGGGGCGCGGCGAGUCGCAGAAGCGCAAGAAGGAGCACUGCUUCAAGAUCCUCACGCCCAAGCGCACGUUUGUCGUGUGCGCACCGACGGAGGAGGAGGAGAUCAAGUGGCUCUCGGCCAUCCAGGCGCUGCUCACGCGCACAAGAGGCCAGACGCAGCCGCCCGCCACGCCCACGCCGCAGCUCGCUGCGCCGGCGCCGGCACCCUCGGCCACGCUCGGCUCGCCGACGAGCGCCUCGCAGAGCGCCAAGACGGCACUGCCUGCGCGCCCGGUGCGCAGCGCAAGCUCCAACUCGGGCGCCACUGGUGCGGCACCAGUGCAGACAGCGGCGCAGACCCUCGACGAGGAGCGCUCGCCACAGCGGCCGCGCGUGCCGAGCAACGCCAGCCAUCGCAGCAUCGGCGCGAGCCAGGCAUAG